CACCGCCACCGCCACCGCCACCGCCACCAUCACCGUUACAAUUCCGCCGUCACAGACCUCCACCGUCAGUGUGUUGACCCACUUCAUCUUCACAGAUUCACUCCAAAGAUUUGAACUAUUUGCAGUGCAAUAACUAGUGAUGAAUUUCUUUCUGAGGCUCAUGGUGUACACAUGUGAAUGUAAAAUUUCAGAUAUUUGAAGCAGAUUGGGUUUAGGAUUGAUUUGGGUCAAUGGGGUCCAAGAUUUGCAUGAAUGAAAACUGCAAAGCAACGACGUCGCCUGAAUGGAAGAGAGGUUGGGGCUUGAAAUCAGGUGGAUUUGCAACUCUGUGUUUCAACUGCGGAUCUUCCUAUGAGAAUUUAGUUUUCUGCGAAACAUUCCACUUGGAGGAAGAUGGUUGGAGGAAAUGCAAAUUAUGUGGAAAGCGUAUCCAUUGUGGAUGCAUCGCUUCAAAAGAUUUGUAUGACUACAUGGAUUCUGGGGGUGUAGGUUGUAAAACCUGCGCAAAAGGAGUGGAAAAUUGCUCAAUUAGACCAAUUGAGAUUCCAAUUGAUGAUGUUCCUAAUGGAUUUGGCACAUUGACAACACUAGCCAAUCUGCCAUCCUCUAAUGUUGAUAAUACAAGGAAUUGCAACAGCUUUGACAUGGAGCAGUUCACGCGGUUGAGCAACACUAUGGAGGCAAAUCAGCCCAGCCUCUUCCCUCAAUGUCAGAAGGGUGAUGCUAAUGCAUCUAAUGGGUUGGUCAAACAUGAAGAGAAGAUACUGCCUGCAAAGGAAGUUGGUAUAGGCUUUCCGAAUCUCACCCAACAGUCUGUUGGAUCAUCUAUAUUUGCCAAUUUAAGCAACAGUAGACCAACACUAGGCCUUAAAGAUAUGUACGAGUCACCAGCUCAGCCGUCCUUGAAUUUCACUUUGAGAACUUCUUUGGGCACUCCAAAUCCAAUGCCUCCUUUUCCUGGUGGGGUUGUUGAAGGACUUGAACAGAACAAAGUGCCUACCUUUCAACAAGGGCAAAGGACAAGACAUAUAUCACCCAAGCCCCUCAAAACUGGCCUCAAUAUAAGCUCAGAGGCAAAUAAACGGAUGGUCUCUCAGACACGCAUUGCGAGGCCUCCUGCUGAAGGACGGGGCCGCAAUCAAUUACUCCCUAGAUACUGGCCUAGGAUAACAGACCAAGAGUUGCAGCAGUUAUCUGGAGAUUUGAAUUCCACUAUUGUGCCGCUGUUUGAGAAGGUUUUAAGCGCCAGUGAUGCUGGUCGAAUUGGUCGUUUGGUCCUACCCAAAGCAUGUGCCGAAGCUUAUUUUCCUCCCAUUUCUCAAUCAGAAGGUGUACCAGUUAGGAUUCAGGACAUUAAAGGGAAAGAUUGGACAUUUCAGUUCAGAUUUUGGCCUAAUAAUAACAGCCGGAUGUACGUUUUAGAGGGUGUCACCCCUUGCAUACAGAACAUGCAACUACAAGCUGGUGACACUGUGACAUUUAGUCGAAUAGAUCCCGGAAGCAAACUUGUCAUGGGAUUUCGGAAGGCAACAAAUGUUGAGAUGCAGGAUGCCCAAACAUCUUCCCUUCCUAAUGGUGGUCAUUAUGGUGAAGCUCCAUUUUCUGGUGUCAAUGAAGACUUGCCUAAUAAUGGAGGCAGAACAAGUGAGGAUUUGUUGGAGCGGCCCAUGCCUAUUCUGGGGAAGAAAAGGACUCGAAACAUUGGGUCUAAAAGCAAGAGACUGCACAUGCAUAGUGAAGAUGCUAUGGAGCUAAGAGUCACAUGGGAGGAAUCACAGGAGCUGCUGCGUCCACACCCAAGUGCCAAACCAACCAUUGUCAUGAUUGAGGACCAUGAAUUUGAAGAGUUUGAUGAACCACCAGUUUUUGGAAAGAGGACUAUAUUUAGAGCCCGAGCAUCCGGGGAACAGGAACAAUGGGCUCAGUGUGAUGAUUGCUCGAAAUGGCGAAGGUUGCCUGUUGAUGUUCUUCUCCCUCCAAAGUGGACAUGUUCUGCAAACAUUUGGGACUCACAUAGAUGCUCAUGCUCUGCUCCUGAUGAGAUAAGUCCAAUGGAAGUAGAAAGUUUUUUCAGAGCUGGGAAGGAUUCUAAGAAGCGAAGAACCACAGGAAAUAAGGUAGCCCAAGAAUACGAGCCUUCUGGCUUAGACGCAUUGGCCACUGCAGCAGUUCUUGGAGACAAUGUUGGUGACCAAGCCCCCAAGCGGAAAGGGCAGGCACAAUCCACUUGUAUAUGCAAUGUGUGCAAGACUGUGAAGCGCCGCUUUAAAACCCUCAUGCUGCGCAAGAAGAAACGGCAAUCAGAACGCGAAGCAGAAGUUGCCCAGGGAAAGGACCAGAAUCACCCUAAGGACGAGUCAGAAACGGAUGUUGCAUCUGGACUUGCAUUGCUGCAUAUGAAUCAUUCCGAAAAUGAAAGAAGCCCGAGUGGAGUCCAAAUGGAGGUUGCUGAAACCAGCAAGGGACAAUUAGACUUGAAUUCCCAUCCCAACCGAGAUGAAGACAUGUUAGCAGAACCAGCUGGACUUAGCAUGACAAGCCUUGUUCAUUCCCCGAGUCAUCAAUUGGAGAUGUAUUUGCAGCGGAAUGGGCUUGGAAAUUUCGUCUCCCGUUUAGUCUCAACAGCUGGUGGUGAGAGUGAAGGCCGCCCACCUGAUGAUGUCCGGCGAGCAGCUGUUGCCAGCGAGCAGCAAGACAAGGUUGAUGAAGGGUGA